AGCUUCCUAAUGAGCAGGAAAUCUGUUGGGACCCUUCCUCAAAAGAUAUUCCUAAUCGGCAAUGGCUAGAUAAAAUCUUAAAAAAGAUGAAAUGGGGCAUAGGAUUAGAGAUUGCAAAGUUAUUAGAAUAUCCAUUACUCCCUGUAAUUUCACCAAGUAAUAAACUUGUUCGAAUGAAUCCGUCAAGUCCUUUAUUGACUUAUCCAGAUAAUCCGGAUGGAAUUCUUGUGCGUGCACUUGGAAAAUUAGGCAUUUGUUUUACAGACAUAAAAUUUGAUCAAGAGAAUGUCGGUAUUUCAUUUUUUGUGACUCCUUCAAUUGGUCACGUAUGGUUUUAUCCACUUUCACUGUUGAAAUACCAUGCUUAG